AGAAAGUAGUAAUUAAAUAUUAAAUGUCACAUCUUAUUAAAACAAUUAAGUACAAAGAUAACGUUGGUUUGUGGAAGAAUAAGAAAUAUCUUAUAAAAGAGGCAUUUACAUCGAUGGAUACAGAUUCAGAUGGUUAUUUAGAUUAUCAAGAAGCUAAAACAGCAAUGAAAGCUUUGGGAUUGGCAAUAAAUAAAUCUUUUGUUUUGUCAGUUAUUCGUAUGUACGAUAAACGUGGUGAUAGUAAGAUUAGUUUUGAUGAUUUUUAUUAUGUUGUCGAUGAAGCUGAAUUCAUAGAAAUGAUGACUGAAUCAGAAAAUUAAUAUAAAUUUGUAAAAAAUUAUAUAAGAAAUUCAUUUAAUCAAUUAAAAUGAAUUCUCAAAUUGAUUGGGAACAACGUCGUACAUUACUGGAGAGUAAUGCUGCUUUGGAACGUACAUCGCAAUCACUGACAAGGUCGCAUAUAAUUGCGACUGAAAGUGAGCAGAUAGGAACUGAAGUAAUAUCGGAAUUAGCAGGACAAAGCGAGCGUCUAUUACGAGCAAAGAGAAGAUUAUCUCAAACGGAUGAAGAACUUAAUAAAACACGGAGAAUUUUGAAUAGAAUGAAAAUAGGAGUGUUAACUAAUAAGUUUGUAUUAUUGCUGAUUAUAGUGUUAGAAAUAAUUAUACUUGGUAUAACUGUUUAUUUAAAAUUUUUUUAUCGAAAAUAAAAUUAACGAUUUAACGUUUAA